AGAGCAGGACCUGAAUAAAGGCGGGAUGGACGGCAUAGCGCUGAAGCAGGAGGGCCAUCAAUGGCGGGGAGAUCUUGAGUGGGUCGAUGGAGCCGACGGAGUAGAUGGAGCUAUCCGCAUCUCACCAGGCUUCAUUAGCUAGUGUCCUCCAGCUGAGAUAAGGCCCGGCCUGAAGAUAAGGGAGCAAGCGUACAUGAUCCUCACAUUUACCCCACCUGGAAUAGCCGGUUCCGUGGUGAGGGCCGAGUGGAGGGACUGUGGUGUGGUGUGGAUGGUUGAUCCGCGGUGGUCUGGAUUGCGCUGUGAAUAUGGAAUAUGGGUCUCAGAGACUGGAGCAGGCAGGCAGUGUACUGACCAUCGUAGACAUCGGUCACUCGAACCCGAGUUUCAUUCUUCUCGUGCAGGUAAGACCGCCACAGAGAAAGAGAGUCGCUGGCGGCCGUCAUCUUCGCUCCUUGCAUCUCCGUUCUCCGUCCCACGAACACGCAUGCACUCUCCGUUUGUUAUCUUGGCCCUUUUCGGUGGGUUGACAAUGCUAUCUUUUAUACUCUCUACUCGAACCAGGAGAGAAUUCUCAAUAGAAAAAAUUUUGCCCUCUGCCUUCGCUCCACUGCGCCUUCGAAUAACCGCCAAUCGGGGUUUGCCGGGAGUUGGCAAGGCUGAGGGGGUCUCGAAGCAAUCUGAAGUAUGUACAGCCUUCUCCCUCCUGGGAAUCAGCAGCAGGCAGGGUGGCGCUAAUUGUCUCGCUAACAGAGGCCUGGCGUCCCGGACAACCCCGUCGAAGCCCAUCGGUCAUCCUCGCUGGCCUCAGCCGCACCCGACUAAAACUGCAUGGGAUCAGCGAUCGCAAUCAUCCGACCAGCCACCUGGCCUCCGUCAUUCCCCCGUCUGCUGCGCCCUCGCCCGGCUCCUCAGUUCAAGUACCAUAUCCCUACAAGCCACCGGGUCGGUCAGCCGGGUCUAAGCAGGCCGAUGUCAGACGCUCAGUCAAAACACAUACUCUAGUUCGUCCUGUUUGAUGAAGUCAGCCUUUGCGUGCCUUCGGAGAGCCUAGGCAGUA